AUGGGCCGGUUCCCGGUAGCACCAACUCGCGGUGGAGCUUCGCUGCAUGACGUUCAACUGCGGACACCGCGCUAUGGCCAAGGCAUUGUCUUGUCCAACCUCUGUCUGGCUCUGGCGACCGUUGUCACCUUCUGUACGUACAACCUCGGCCUCAUCGCCAACUCGGUUGUCUACCUCGGCAUGAACGAGCAUGGCUUUGAUGACCACCAGUGGAACGUACCCGUCUUCACGCUUCUCGAAGCCACGUCCUCGCUACGCCUCAGCACCCUCGUGGUCGUGUGCCUCUCCAAGACCAUUCUGGGGCUUUCGAUUUUGUUUGUGACGUUUUGGGACAACCCUAACCUCCAGACACUUACAACCUACUUGGUGCAAAACAAGAUCGAGUCGACAAAUGCAGCGCUCCUCGUGUAUUGCGGGCCGGCCCUCGUCGCGUCGAUUGUUGGCAUCAUGACGGGACCGUUCAUUCAGCUGUGCUUUACCCCGCGCAUCGUGACUCAAACGUGGCUGCUCACGCUCUUCUCGCUGCUCAACUUUGUGUUGGUCUUUGCCUUGGAGGCGUUUGUCUUUCCAACUUUAAACAAAACGGUCCCUGGACGGUGCGGCUACUCCUCGUCGACCAACUGCCUCCAUUUAACCGCAAUUCCGCAAACGUACUACCUCUCGGCGGUUGUGGCGGGUGGCGUCGUUGUCGCUGCUGUCGGAACCAUCCAUCUGCACGCGCGCUGGCUCCCCGAGACGGUGUUCGUGCCGCCAAGCCACUCGGUGCUGCAGUACCUCAACAUUCAAAAACUUCGGCAAACCGCGACAUCGGGCCGCGGCUGCGUCGCUCGUACUCUUGAUGGAGAUAUCGUCAUCGACCAUGGUGUCUUGGGGAUGAAGAAGAUGCUGCGGGUCUCCUCUUCGCACUUGACUCGGAUCGACAAUGCCAAGUACACACUCCUCUAUCGGCUCGUGCCUGCAGGCAUGCGUCGUUGGGUCGCACAAAUGAUGCCAACCAUGCUCGUGGUGCGCCUCCGAGCCAAUGAGAUCACGCGCCACUCCUACUACGAGUCGCUACGGCGCAUUGACGACGACAGUAAGGGCGUCUAUCAGAUGGGAUUUACUUCUUCGCGCAAUCAGUCCACUGUCACGCACUGAUGUCGUUAGUACAUAAGCUACUAGAUACAUUGAUAUAACAAAUAUACUGGAUGCAUACAACCUUUUUUGUCG